AUGCAAGCGCCGCGGCGUCUAUUUAGCGAGCUUUUACAGCUCUCGACCCGGCGGCCCGUCCCUCCUCGACCGCGACACGCCCCCGUUGCCGCCGCUGUUGGUCCUGGCCGCGUCUUCGCCGCUCCUCGUCAGCCAGGUUCUCUUCAGGCUCGCCUCUUACACGCCUCUGCUUGCUCGAGACACCCCCGACCGACAUCCGCCUCCUCAGCGAAGCUCGAGACUGGAGGUACCGCUCCCCAGGCACAAGAACAUGGAUCGAAGCAGCAUCAGCAGAGACCCCCACGGCGUAGAGGCCCAGCUGCCGUCCGUACCCUCCUCGCUAGCGGCGGGCUGCUGUCUCUCUUCAUUGGCCUCUCGGAGCCCUUCCACGUCCCCCAAGAAGACGAUGUGGACGCCUCCGGAUCGGCACCCUCGACCGAUGACCGCGACCCGUCCCUCCCUCGCUUCCGGCUGACCGACGUCCGGAAGCACGACGCAAAGUCCGGCAGCCCGUGGGUUACACAAGGCGACAAGGUCUACGAUAUCACGGAUUGGGUCGGAGCCCACCCCGGAGGUGAUGUCAUUCUCCGUGCUGCCGGGGGCAGUAUCGAUCCGUACUGGGACAUCUUCACCAUCCACAAGUCGCCCCACGUCUACGAGAUUCUGAACCAGUAUCUGAUUGGCUUUAUCGAUGCGGCCGACCUCGUUGACGGCAAGCCUGCCACCAAAGAAAUCGAGGAUCCCUUCAAGGCCGACCCGAAUCGUGACCCGAGACUCAUCACUCUGACUCCUAAGCCUCGCAAUGCCGAGACGCCCGUGGAGGGUCUGGCAGACAGCUACCUCACUCCUAAUGAGCUCUUCUACGUGCGUAACCACAUGUGGGUUCCCGAGGUCGACGAUACCUCGGACUACACCUUAAAGAUUGAACUGCUCGACGGGACUAUCAAGGAGUACACUUUGGAUGAUCUCAAGACCAAGUUCAAGCCGUCGACCAUCGUGGCCGUUCUUCAAUGCUCGGGCAACCGCCGAAGUGACAUGACCCGCAACGCGAAAAAGACCAACGGCCUACAAUGGAAUGUCGGUGCCAUUUCUUGCGCCGAAUGGCAGGGCGUGAAGCUCUCUGACGUCCUCGCUGACGCCGGCGUUCCGGUUCACCAAGCGUUCGCCGGGGACACCGAGGCCAAGCAUGUCCAGUUCAUGGCCCUUGAGGCCUACGGCGCGUCGAUCCCCAUCGAGUCGGCCCUUGACCCCCGUGGAGACGUCCUUCUCGCUUACUCCAUGAACGGCAAGCCUUUGCCGAGAGAUCACGGUUACCCGCUCCGCGCCCUCGUGCCAGGCCAUGUUGCUGCUCGAUCCGUCAAGUGGCUGAGUCACAUUACGGUUUCGGACGAGGAGAGUUACAGCCAGUGGCAGCGUAAGGACUACAAGUGUUUCGGACCGAACGAGACGAAGCCCGACUGGGACAGCGCGGCUCCGAUCCAGGAGAUGCCCAUCACGAGCGCCAUCACCACCGUCAGGCUGGGUGACUGGACGGACAAGGUCGAGGAUUCCAAAGUCAGCGGACGUGAGGCUUCUCUCAAGGGAUACGCCUACUCCGGCGGUGGCCGCAAGAUCGUGCGCGUCGACGUGAGUCUCGACAACGGAAAGACGUGGGACCAGGCGGAGCUCCUCGACGAGCCCGGAGUCCCGCCCAAGUCCGGGUCCAAGUCGUGGGCCUGGAAGCGCUGGCGGUACGACGGCGUCGUGCCCCUUGGCGAGCCGGGGGAGAAUGGCAAGAAGUGCACGACUUUGCUGGUAAAGGCCACGGACGAGGCGUACAACUGCCAGCCGGAGAGCUACGCCGCCAUCUUCAACCAGCGUGGCAACUUGGCCAACGCCUGGCACCGUUUGAAGAUUUGCUCCGAUUGUGCCAAGCAGGCUUUGGUCACUGGCAAAUGA